AUGGCUAGGCUUACAGUUCCGGCGGCGCUUUCGAGCGAGGGGGGACAGAAUGGAGCCACGAAGACGGACUCUUCAGAGUCUCGGAUGCUUGUGUUGGCGGAGACCAUCCGCACGGAGACCCUGAAACUUCAAGCCUACCUCGAGUCCAACGGCAUCGUUCAACCAGGCAUCAGCGUUGACGCACCGGACGACUUCCCGCCUUUACCCGAUGACAUCCAAAAGAGCAGAACAAACAUCUUUCUCGCUUCUCGAGAGCUUACCGAUAUUGUCAGGGGUCCACGUGAAACCGUACGAUAUGCUGUGUGGAGUGUAAGAGAUCGUUCUGCCCUUCUUCCCCAACUCGUUCCCCUGAAUGCUCCCAUCAAGCUGACGGAACUGCAAUCCAAGACUCCGCUGGAGCCUGUCCACCUUGCCCGUGCCUUACGGCACGCCAUGACUAACAAUAUCUUCUGCGAGCCGUCUCCGGGAUACAUUGCCCACACCGCACAUUCGCGGAUGCUAGCACAGGAUGAGUCUCUUCAAGCCUGGGUUGGGUACAAUGCUGAAGACAACUUUCCUGCGGCAGGCCAUGUGCUGGAAGCAUUGGAGGCGCAUCCCGAGGCAACCUCUAACCUCUACACAGGAUUCAACUAUGCUUUCAACACGGUUGGCAAAGAAUCCAUGUUUGCCACCAUCUAUAAAGACCCGGUCAAGGCUAAGCGUUUUGCCCAUGCGAUGCGCAGCUUUUCUCAUGGAGAAGGUUACGAAGUCAGCUACUUUGUGGACAAUUAUGACCUUUCCGAAGUGAAUGAGCGCGGGGGCACGUUUGUCGAUGUCGGCGGUAGCCAUGGCUUCGUAUCCGUGGAGCUGGCCAAAAGAUGGAAGAACAUCAAUUUCAUCGUGGAAGAUCUGCCCAAAACCAUAGAGACUGCUCCACAGCCUAUCUGCGACGACAAGACCGUGGCACAGAGAAUCUCACUGCAAGUCCAUGACUUCUUCCAGGAGCAACCCGUGAAGGGUGCCGACGUCUAUUACUUCCGGUGGAUUCUUCAUAAUCAUGCAAAGCCAUACGCCGUUUCUAUCCUCCGAAAUCUGAUCCCCGCACUCAAGCCGGGAGCUCGCGUCGUCAUCAACGAUUACUGCAUUCGUGACCCAGGAUCAGAGAAUGCAUGGGAUGAGAAGCUCUUGAGGAACAUGGACAUGAUUAUGGGCGCGCUCCUGAAUGCGCAGGAGCGAGACGAACAGGAGUUUCGCGAAUUGUUUGAAGCAGCCGAUCCCAGGUUCAAGUUCAAGGGAGUCCAAAGAGUCGAGGGUUGCAAGAUGAGCGUCGUCGAGGCAGUGUGGGACGAGUAA